ACCAAUACAAUUUACCUAGAUAAAAAUGUCAUACCGAAUUAAGACCCCGUAAUAAUGUGAAACUAAACCGUUUUCCAGAAAAUGGCAACACAAAAGCCUGGAGAAUGGGCUAAUACUUUGAUUGUUAGGUUUGAGGAACAGUUACCCUGUCGAAUUGGUCCUCAAACAACUCAUUCUAGCAUUAAUGAAGAACAAAACAAAAAUUGUAUCAUACAAAUAUCUAAAUAUCGUUUUGCACUAGUACUGGAUGGAUUUGUUAAAGUCCUCAAAAGGAUACAUGAAUUGUACCAGACUGGCAUAGGUGGUGGUACAUCUAGGCAACAUGGUCCAGAAUUAGAAAAAAAUUACUAUGAUAGUUUGAUAAUUGUAUUAGAAACAUUAGAAAAAUGUUUCAGUAUCCAACCAAAAGACUCAAUAACUUUAACUAUGGAAGAAAAUAAUAAUUUGAAAUGCUUGUUAAAAGAAAUAUGUGCUUUUUUAGUGGGUAAAGACAUGCCCAGUGAUAACCCAAAUGUCCAUGCAAUAAAACAAUUGGCGAGCAAAGUAUUAUUUGCUUUGAGCGUAAAUUUUUUUAAUGCCGUUUUUAACCGAAUUUCAUCAAAACUUCAAGAACUAGCCUCCUGCCCUGACGAAAACCCAGAUUAUAGUGAUAUAGAAUUAAUACAAUAUAUAAAUGUAGAUGUUGGGAGAUUAACACGGUUGUUACUGGAGGCUAUAUCAAAGUUUCGUUUAUUAAAAAAGUCUGCUCAUCUUGUCUUGGUUAUUUCAUUGGAAAAAGCUAUAUGGAACUGGAUGGAUACAUAUCCAUAUGAAUUUGCUGAGGUACAAAAGAAUCCCUGUGAAGAUAUGACCAAAUGUGCUGAACAGCUUUUUGAUAUUCUGGAUGUGAUUGGUGAUAACAAAAAAGGAAGAUCAUCAGUAUGGUCAUUACAAAUGAUGUUACUGAUACUUGCUCCAAAAGUUCUAGAAGAAAUAAUUAAUGCUGAUAGUGGAGCUCCAUGUUCACCUCGGCAUAGCAAAAAGAAAGUCUUCAUUGACAAUAUCAAAAGAUGUCUUGGAGCUCAUGGUAAUAGCAAACAGUUUACAGAGGCUGCAGCUGUGACAUGUGUGAAACUUUGUAAAGCUUCCACUUAUAUUAGAAUUCUGGAUUCUAAUAAUGUCACUUUUGUUCUAGUUCAAAGUAUAUUGAGUGAUUUAAAGAGCCUGUUAUUCAAUCCUCAAAAACCAUUUUCACGUGGACAAAAUUAUUUAUAUCAAGACAUGGAUUUAAUGAUAGACUGUUUUGUAUCAAUAUUCAGAAUAAAACCACAUAAUAACGACACAAUAAAAGUGUGUCUAAGCUUAACUUCACCACCAACUUUUCAUUUUGUCUUAGUACGAUCACUCUAUAAAAUUGUUACUCAACCGAGAUUGCACUGGUGGCCUCAAAUAGAUUUAGUUUAUAAUAAAGCAUCUGAAUUAAGGGCGAUGUUUACAGAUACCCUUAAUAAAGUUUCUCAAGGUUGUAUAUCUCAUACACCAUUAAGAAUGAUACAAAUUACUUUAAAAGGAAAAGACUGUCAGGGAAAAUCCAAAGACAGAGCAGAAGAAGUUCAUUUACUCCUCUACAUGGUUAGAUUGGUUCAUGCAGAUCCAAUGUUAAUGUUAAAUAAUCAAGGUAAAGCUGGUCACGAAAUUCAAAGCUCUACAUUAGAACUAAUAAAUGGCUUAGUUUCCCUUGUUCACCAAACUACAAUGCCCGAGGUAGCUCAAGAAGCAAUGGAAGCAUUGCUAGUUCUCCACCGUCCAGAAAAAAUUGAAGUUUGGAAUCCUGAAGCACCAAUAAACACAUUUUGGGAUGUGAGUUCACAAGUGAUGUUUUCCAUUUCACAAAAAUUAAUUCAGCAUCAAAUUAUGAAUUAUACUGAUAUUCUUAAAUGGCUAAGGGAGAUUCUAAUAUGCAGGAAUGCCUUCUUAGCUAAACAUAAGGAUUAUGCUAAUUUAGGAAGCUCUAUAGCUAUCUGUAAACAAGCACAUAUAAAACUAGAGGUUGUGUUUUUUAUGUAUCUGUGGAGUAUUGAUAUAGAUGCAGUUUUGGUUGCUAUGAGCUGUUUUGCUCUUCUAUGUCAAGAAGCUGAAAUAAGAUGUGGCUCAGAUGAAGUUACUGUAACAUGUUUAGUUCCAAAUUAUCAUGUAUAUCAAGAGCUAGCUCAGGCAUCAACAGUACUUACGACAGCUUCUGGAGAAAAUAGGGUGUAUUUCCCAGAUCACUUAACUGGAAGGGCGGCGCUUCAGAAACGAAUUAUGUCGUUAUUGAGAAAAAUUGAGCAUUGUGUAAAUGGUGUCCAGCCAGCUUGGGACGAAACUUUUAUGAAUUGGAAUGGAAUGUGUAAAAAUUUGUCAUCCUAUCCCAAACCUAGAGCGGAAGAUUGCCCGAUGGAGUCUUUUCAUAGAUCCGUUGGAAAACGAAGAGCGUCACAUCAAAAUUCUGAACAUGAGUUAGAGGAUCAAAUAAAUGAAUGGGCGAAUAUGACAGGAUUCUUGUGUGCUCUUGGUGGAGUUUGUUUGCAAAGAAAGUCACCGUCUAGGACUCCUUUGUCAACUAGCUCAUAUUCUAGUCUAUCUUCGAUGACAAUAAGUUCAAUUGGAAGUAGUAAUCUUGGGUCUGAAGCAUGUCUUGGCAAUAGGAAAUCCAGUACACUCCAAAGUCAACAAAUACAAGAUCAAAGGCAGUAUUGUCCAGUAACUUCAUUUGUGGAUUUACUAUUACGGUUACUUGUUUGUGGAAAUGAGAAAUUUGGAGCCCAGAUACAAAAACAUGUGAAGGAAUUAAUAGGUCACGAAAUGUCUUCAGCAUUGUAUCCUAUAUUAUUUGAACAAAUAAAAUCAAUUGUAGAUAAAUUUUUCGACCAACUAGGACAAGUAGUUGUUAAUGAGGUUAACACACAAUUUAUCGAACAUAUAAUAUUUAUUAUGAAGAACAUUCUAGACAGUACUAAAAAUGAUCAACCAUCCGAACAUUUAGGUAUAACUAGUAUAGAAAGCAUGAUGCUGGCUGUAGUUAGAUAUGUAAGACAUUUAGAUAUGACUGUCCAUGCAAUCCAUAUGAAAACCAAGUUGUGUCAGUUGGUUGAAACUAUGAUGAGUAGAAGAGAUGAUUUGGCAUUUCGCCAAGAAAUGAAAUUCAGAAAUAAGUUAGUUGAGUACUUAUCUGAUUGGAUUUUGGGCAAUUCUCACCAAAUUGCACCUCCAGGAUCUGCUGAUGUUACAAUUAUCACUAGAGAAUUAGAUCAAGCCUGUAUGGAAGCUGUAGCAGCGCUGCUUCGAGGUCUCCCUCUACAACCAGAAGAAUCUGAUAGAGGAGAUUUAAUGGAGGCAAAAAGUCAGUUGUUUCUGAAAUAUUUCACAUUGUUUAUUAACUUAUUGAGUGAUUGUACGGAAACUCCAGAAGGUGAAAAAGAUAAGGCAAAACCCAAAGUUUACAGUGGAAAGCACGAUAUAUUAAGAAAUGCCACUAUUCAAGCUAUGUCCAACUUACUCUCAGCAAAUAUUGAUAGUGGACUUAUGCAUUCCAUAGAUCUUGGAUAUAAUAAAGAUCUACAAACAAGGGCAGCUUUUAUGGAGGUUUUAACUAAAAUAUUGCAGCAAGGAACCGAGUUUGAAAAUUUAGCAGAAACUGUAUUGGCAGAUCGCUUUGAACAAUUAGUGUUACUUGUUACCAUGAUCAGUGACAAAGGAGAGUUACCGAUAGCGGUUGCUCUUGCUAAUGUUGUUACUACUUCACAAAUGGAUGAGCUUGCCAGAGUUUUUGUAACAUUAUUUGAUGCCAAGCAUUUAUUAGCUCCAUUAUUAUGGAAUAUGUUUUACAGGGAAGUUGAAGUAUCUGAUUGUAUGCAAACAUUGUUCAGAGGAAAUAGUCUUGGAAGUAAAAUAAUGGCAUUUUGUUUCAAAAUAUAUGGAGCUAGUUAUUUACAAACCCUUUUGGAACCCUUUAUUGCCCCAUUAUUGGAUGAUCCUUAUUGCAGUUUUGAAGUUGAUCCAGCUAGACUAGAACCAAAUGAAGAUAUAGAAGAAAACAGACAAAGUUUGAUAGCUCUAACACAGAGGGUGUUUAAUGCUAUUGUUAAUUCAAUCGAUAAGUUUCCUCCACAAUUAAGAUCGAUGUGCCAUUGUUUAUAUCAAGUAUUAAGUAAACGAUUCCCCCAAGCGCCCCAAAAUAAUAUAGGAGCAGUUGGAACAGUGAUAUUUUUACGUUUUAUUAAUCCUGCCAUAGUUUCCCCUCAAGAAAUGGGCAUUGUUAGUAAACCAGUGCCAAAUACUGUCAAGAGGGGACUUAUGUUGAUGUCUAAAAUUUUACAAAAUAUUGCAAAUCAUGUUGAAUUUAGUAAAGAACAACAUAUGCUUCCUUUCAACGAUUUUCUAAGGGCGCAUUUUGAAAUUGGGCGAAGAUUCUUUGUUCAAAUUGCACUUGACUGUGAAACUGUUGAUCAAACCUCACAUUCCAAGUCAUUUAUUUCUGACGCCAACGUUUUAGCUUUACAUAGAUUAUUAUGGAACCACCAAGAAAAAAUUGGGGAUUAUUUAUCCAGCAGUAGAGAUCAUAAAGCGGUAGGAAGAAGACCUUUUGAUAAAAUGGCAACAUUGUUAGCAUAUUUAGGGCCCCCUGAGCAUAAGCCAGUUGAUUCUCAUAUGCUUUUUUCUGCUUAUGCAAGAUGGAGCUCAAUAGAUAUGUCAUCAAAUCAUUUUGAAGAACUAAUGGUCAAACAUAAUGUACUUGAAAAAGAGGAGUUCAAAUCAAUAAAAUCUCUAAACAUAUUUUACCAAGCUGGUACUAGCAAACUAGGGAAUCCGGUAUUCUACUAUAUUGCUAGACGAUAUAAGUUUGGAGAAACUAACGGAGACUUGCUAUUAUACCAUGUAAUAUUGUCAUUAAAACCUUUCUGCCACUCUCCUUGGGAAAUUGUGGUGGAUUUUACACACACCUGUACAGAGAACAGAUUUCGAACUGAAUAUUUACAGAAAUGGUUUUAUGUUCUACCUGAUGUUGGUUAUGAGUGUCUAACUGCUGCUUAUGUAUAUAAUUGUAAUAAUUGGGUUCGAGAAUAUACUAAAUUCCAUGACAGACUUUUACUACCACUUAAGGGAAAUAGAAAAAUGAUUUUCAUCGAUUCUCCGAAUAAGUUGAAUGAUUAUAUAGAACCUGAUCAACAAAAAUUACCUGGAGCGACAUUGAGUCUUGAUGAAGACCUAAAAGUAUUUAGUAAUGCUUUAAAAUUAUCACAUAAGGAUACUAAAGUCGCUAUCAAGGUGGGUCCUACUGCUAUUCAGAUAACUUCUUCUGAAAAAGCUAAAGUACUCUCUCAUUCUGUUCUACUGAAUGAUGUUUAUUAUGCAUCUGAAAUUGAAGAAGUUUGUUUGGUAGAUGAUAAUCAGUUUACGCUUACUAUAACAAAUGACAGUAGUCCUCUUAGUUUUAUUCAUAACGAAUGUGAUAGUAUAGUGCAAGCUAUUAUUCAUAUAAGGAAUCGAUGGGAACUUAGUCAACCUGAAACAGUAACAGUUCACCAAAAAAUAAGACCAAAAGAUGUCCCUGGUACGCUAUUAAAUAUGGCGUUGUUAAAUUUAGGAUCUUCAGAUCCAAAUUUAAGAACGGCUGCUUAUAAUCAGUUAUGUGCCCUUACAGCUACAUUUGAUUUAAAAAUAGAGGGCCAGUUAUUAGAAACGCAAGGACUGUGUAUUCCCUCCAAUAAUACAAUAUUUAUCAAAUCAGUAUCAGAAAAAUUAGCAACGAACGAGCCCCAUCUAACUUUAGAGUUUUUAGAGGAAUGUAUACAAGGAUUUAGAGUUUCAAGUAUAGAACUCAAGCAUUUAUGUUUAGAAUAUAUGACACCUUGGCUGCCUAACCUCGUGAGAUUUUGUAAAGCAUCAGAAGAAAAUAAAAGACAGAAACAAGUAGCUGGCAUUAUAGAAAAAUUAAUUCUACUGACAAUAGAAGAAACACAAAUGUAUCCAUCUAUACAAGCAAAAAUUUGGGGGUCAAUUGGACAAGUUCCGGAACUGAUAGAUAUGGUGCUAGAUAAUUUUAUUUAUAGGUCUGUUAACUCUGGAUUAGGUUCACCAAUGGUAGAAAUAAUGGCGGAUACUGCUGUGGCUUUGGCAUCAGCGAAUGUUCCUUUAGUUGCUAAGAAAAUCAUUGGUCGGCUCUGCAAGGUAGUGGAUAAAACGUGUCAGUCUCCAACUCCUCUGCUUGAACAACACAUGAUGUGGGAUGACAUAGCCAUCUUGGCGAGAUAUCUCCUUAUGUUGUCAUUUAAUAAUAGCUUAGAUGUGGUUCGACAUUUACCUUAUCUUUUUCAUACUGUUACAUUCCUGGUUUGUUCUGGAUCUUUGAGUAUGAGAGCAUCCACUCAUGGUCUGGUGAUAAAUAUUAUUCAUUCACUUUGCACUUGUACAAAACCUUCUUUUUCUGAAGAAACUCGAAGAUUACUGAGGUUGUCUUUGGAUGAGUUUUCACUACCAAAGUUUUAUUUACUUUUUGGAAUAAGCAAAGUGAAGUCGGCAGCUGUUACAGCCUUUAGAUCAAGUUACAAACAUUCUAAUGAAAAAAAUGAAAAAUGGCAUGGCAACGACAUAAGUUUUACGGGUAAUCAGGAUAGGGAAAGAUUAUCUUUAACAUCUUUAGAAGUAAUAACAGAUGCUUUAUUAGAAAUAAUGGAAGCGUGUAUGAGAGAUAUUCCUGAUUGUGAUUGGUUAAACAGUUGGACAUCUUUAGCUAAGUCCUUUGCAUUUUGUUUUAAUCCUGCUUUACAACCUCGAGCAUUAAUAGUUUUUGGUUGCAUAAGUAAAAGUGUAACUGAUAGAGACAUGAAACAUUUACUUAAAAUAUUAGUCAAAGCUCUUGAAAGUUUUAACGAUAUAGUGUUAAUAGAAGCUAUAGUUAUGUGUUUAACAAGAUUGCAACCUUUAUUAAGACCUGAAUCUCCAGUACAUAAGGCUCUCUUUUGGGUAGCUAUUUCAGUCUUACAACUAGAUGAAUCUUCUUUAUACGCUUCUGGAUUGGCAUUACUGGAACAAAAUUUACAUACUCUUGAUUCCCAAGGAAUGUUUGAAGAACAGUCAUUGGAAAAUGUUAUGCUGCAAACAAGAGAGCCUCUUGAAUGGCAUUUUAAACAGUUGGAUCAUGCAAUGGGCUUAAGUUUUAAAGCAAACUUCCAUUUUGCUCUGGUAGGUCAUUUGCUCAAGGGAUAUAGACAUCCCACACCAACUACGGUUUCAAGAACUGUUCGGAUAUUAACUAUGCUAUUAACAAUUGUUUCAAAGCCACACAAAAGAGAUAAAUUUGAAGUUACACCUGAUAGCGUAGCUUACCUUACAGCUCUGGUCGGAUUUUCGGAAGAAGUUAAGAGUAGAUGUCACAUCAAACACUCACUAUCUCGUACCGUGACCGAUUCUAUAUCUCAAGAUAACUUCAUAAUAGAUAGUGUUCAAAAUCCUAGUACCCAGCAUGGAUCAAAUUCGGGAGGUACUUCUGGUAAUGUAAAUCGGCGUCAGAAAUCGUGGGAUUUACUAGAUCAGUCGGCUUUGGCUCAAGCUAGACAUAAACAGCCCUCUGUUAUUCAGGGACAACACCAGGUAGAAAUCACAAAUUCGACAGCUAAUAAGGGCUGGCGAAGUUUAGAUUUAACCCAGAGCCCGUGCGUUCAGCCGAAUGGUGGCUUAACCCGGCCUCUAUAUAGAACCCAGAGAUCUAGAUCUGUGCCCGUUCAACAGAAUCCCCCACCGAACGUGUCAAAUCAAAGCCCCGCAAAAACUGCACGAGCUCUCUUCAAAACACAACGUUCUUUUUCCAUGCCAACUCCAAAAGAACCAAAACCUCUUGAUGAUGAAAGUAAUAAGAAUCGAAGUACCAGAGUUUCAGUUAGCAAUGAAAAUAACGUUCUACUAGACCCAGAAGUACUGACCGAUUUUUCCACCCAAGCUUUGGUUUUAACAACUUUAGCUACACUUGUUAAGUAUAGCACUGACGAAGCAGAAACACGAACAUUGUAUCAAUAUCUUUCAGAAGGCGCAGUUGUUUUUCCAAAAGUGUUUCCCGUAAUUUAUAAUCUAAUAGAUAUGAAAAUUAACAAUGUUCUAUCGUCAUGCCACGAUCAAGAAAUUUUAAGUGCUGUAAGAAGUAUAAUCCAAAAUAUGAUAGCAUGUGAAGAUACUGAGCAACAACAAUUACAUUAUUUACAAAGCUGUGGUUUUGGAGGGCUGUGGAGAUUUGCUGGACCAUUUAAUAAGUAUAACAAUAUGGCGGAAAGCAGCGAAUUAUUUGUAAACUGUUUAGAAGCAAUGGUAGUAACUUGUCUUCCAGUUGAUGAAAAUGAGGCAGAAAAUGGAGAGAUGAUGCAGUACCCAUCAAUGUUAAGUGUUAGCUCCAAUAUGAAUCUCUCAUCUAGUCUUUCGAGUCUUAACCUAGGAUCUCCAACAGAAAAAGAUUUGAUUCGUGAUGUCGAAGGAGGUAGCACAACAUCUCUGGGACGAAGUUCAUGUAGUAAACAGCGUAGUAUCAAAAACAAAGCACAUAUUCAUUCAGAAAACUCAUCUAUACACGAAUAAGAAAAAAAUGGUUAGAAGAAAGCUUGUCAUUUUUGUAGUACAUGUCAUCAGGCCAAAAUGUGACUUAGAUUUGGGUUUCAAUCCAAAAAAAUUGAACACAUAUGUGUCAAAAAGUUGACCUUUUGAUGACAGGCAUUUUUGAAUGUCUUCGAUUUUAUAGUUUAUUUGUUCUUGUGAAUAAUUUUAGAUGGUCCUCGAUUGAAUUUAUGAAUAUAUAAUUUAUCAUUUUAUCAUCUUAUCAUAACUUAUUCUGGUAUGCACAUGGGCUAUUAAUAUUGAUAUCUAAUCAGGGAAGUGUAUAUGGAAACAAUAAUAUUAAUCACCUCCAAGCUUUAUUAAAAUUUAAGAAAUCGUAUCAAGCCCUUUUAAAACAAUAUGAAACAUUGACGUGGUUACAAGUAGUAAUGAUGUAAUUAUGAUAAAUAUGGAUAGUUAUGAUUUACUUGUACUUUAUUAUACAAUAUUUUUUUUUUAAUUUUAAUUUGAUGUUUCUUUAUAAAAACAUGCUAAAUUUAUUAUUACUUAUAAAGGUUUAAGUGAUUCCUAGUGAUAAUUGCUAAGCAAUGCUAAUAAGAGUUACCAAUUCAUAAAUACAGAUCUAAUUAAAUGCAACACAUGUCGUUGUACAAUAAUUCUAAAAAUUUUUAUAACAAUUAGGUACGUAUACAAUUUUAUAUAACAACUGACUGUUGAAGAAAUUAGUUUAAUCUUGUAGUUUUGAAAAUUAUUUGUUCUCAAUCUAUCGAAGAAAAUAAAUAAGGAAUAAGACUUAUUAUGUUUAACCUUCUGCCGUGAAUAUAAGGAGUGAAAAUUUGCAUAUAUUCAUAAAAUUAUCCAAGGAUAUGAAAUGAUAUUCAGAACUAUCUGUCUCAAAAGCGUUCACCGAAAUUACGCUUAUUCAGCUUAUUAGCUGAACUUUCGCCUAGGCACAAAAAUAACCAAAAGAUCUUUUCUAAAUGAUACAGAUUAUCCUAUAAAAAAUGUGACCUUUAAUAUUGAUCAAAUUUCUAAAUCGAAAUGUAAUGUAUUACAAUAUGAAUGUAAUUUACAAAUCAAGUAACAUUCAACUCUGUAUAAUAAAUUCAACUUUAGCUUUGUUUCAAAAAGUGAAUAAUAUGAAAUCAGUGUUUUGUAUCUUUUAUGGAAACAUCUACAAACAUUUUUGAUGUCUAGGUUAGUAAUCUUUACCUCAAUUAAUUAAAAAUGAUUGAAUUUUUUGAAUAUAAGAAUGAGCUCAUGACAAUACUUUCUCUUACUGACCAGUAACAUUUAAACUGGAUAUAAUAUAUGACUGAUAUUUAUUAUUAUUUAUUUACUGUUAAUGUGUGGAUUAAAACUGGCUACCUUUGAUUAAUUCACAUUUGUUAGCAAGUUGAGUGUUAAAAAUUUCAUCUGCAAGGAUAAAUAUUCAAUAGUGUUACAACUAUGGAAAUAUUUUAAUGUCAUAUAAAAUAUUAUUUUAAGUAAUUAAAAAUAUAUUUUAGAACACUUACAAAAGAAUUUUUUGGAGAGUAGACUAAAUUGCUAGACAUUUUUCAGGAUGAUAUAUAAAUCUUUCAAAUAAUUCUAUAUAAAACUAGGAGAUAAUUAUACAAACAAAAAAGUAGUUAAAGAAACUUUAAUUGCUAGUGAUUCUGUAGAACCAGAAAAAUUUCUGUUGGAAGGAAUAUCAUUAUUUUAUACACCUGAAGAAACAAAAGUUCUCUUAAUUAGGCCCAUUGUAAAAUUGGGCAACUUUUUCGGCCUUAAAAUCGAAUAAUUUUGUAAAACUGGGAUUUUGUACAAAGUAGAAUUAAAUUAGAUGACCAUAAUUGUUAAAAUACUUAAUAUGUCUGAAAAUUAUGUAGCGAGACAUUCAAUAUGUGUUUAUAUUACAAUAAAUAUUUGAAUUAUGAUAAUCUGCACAAAGAAUCUGAAUAAGAUAAACCUGAAACUGUUAUGUUAUAGAACAACAUAAUUGUUUUUAUCCCAAAAAACAAUCAUCAAUUUAUAUUAACUAGCAACGAAUAAAGGUCUUUUAUUCUUAAAAAAUAUGCAAAUCUAUACGUGAAUUACUAAAGGUACCUGGUUUUUUUUAUUAUAAAUAUUUUGUUUAUUGAGUAAGACAAUAAAAUCAUUGUGAAAAAUUUGAUAACAACUAUAUAAUUAUUUAUAAAAAUUAUUUUAAUUCGAGAAAAAUAUGUUUUUAAUAACGCCUGGUGGCAUGUACUGUAACCCAGAGUUGUGAGGAGAACCUUAUAUUUCCUAGUAAAGGUGAAAAAAUGAAAUAUUUCAUAUAUGAUUGUUUGAACUUUAUAAAAUAAACGAACAAAGUUUGGAAGAUGUUGUGCUGUUAUCUCUUCUUUUCAAAGUUAUUUGGUCUCCUACAACUCUAUUCAAGAGUUGUGCUCAUUUUUUUCAUAAAACAUAAAGUUUUGUAAGAUUAAUCCAGAGGAUAUCUCAUUAAGACUGCUAAUUUUUAUUAACGUACAAGGUUUAAAAAUGAAAUAUAUUGAGGUAAAGAUUGACGUAAAUGUUUCUUCUAACUAUUCGUUAUUAAUAUAUUCUAAAUAAACUUAAGGAUAUGUGAAACAAAAUGUACAAAAUAUUAAUAUAUUGUCAUUGUUUGCAUUCGUUUCAUGCACAAAAAUUUAUUUAAUUUUUUAUAUACAAUAUACAUCUCAGUAUUUUUAAGACUUUUUUCAUUACUAAUAAUUGCUUUCUGUUUAUUUUUCGUUUCAUCCAAAUAAUAUCUAGUUCUUAUUUACAAUUUGUAGUUGAUUGAUAUUUUUUAUCUCUCAAGAAUUUAAUGAUAUCAAUCUCCUGCCUAAUAAGUGCUUGGUCUUAUAAGAUUUUCAUUAUAUAUUUAUUUUACAUUUGAUUUUACCCGUGUUAAAAAAAUAUUUUUUAAUGUAAAUAAUUCAUUGAGUAUGCUAUUGAUCUACUGCAUCAUGUAUUUUUAUCAGAAUAGUUCCUGCAAAAGGAUUAGAAACUGUUUUCAAGACACAUUUUUUUAUUGUUUCUAAACGUUAACAAUUCCGAAAUUUAUCAUUUUAGUUCCGAUUCUUUAAUAAAAAGAAAAAAAUCCAUUAUUUUAGUCGCUAUGCAUAUUUUGUUAAUAUAAUAACAUUCAAUCUCUCAAUAUUUUAUAAAUGCCAUUUAAAACUAAAACAAUUAGGUUUUAUGGUUCCGAGAAAUCAUCCAUGAUGCCUAGAAUACUAGGUUUUUAACUACUACGAGGUAUACUGCACAAAUAAGGAUAUAAUUCUAUUAAAUAAUCUCCGCAUCUGUUAUUAUGCAGUACCAACUUCUGUUCUAAUAUUUUCCGACUCAAAAAAUUAUUACUAACACUUUUGACACAUUUGGUCAAUAAAUUUAGUUUUACAAUAUUUAAUUAUCUGAAUCAAUUCCUCUACGUUCAAUUAAUACUCAAACUUUUGAACAACUUUAUAGGAAUAUUAAUUAAUUAUCAACAGAUUGGUUUUAUGUUCAAAGAACAAUAUUAAGAUCCUACUUAUUGUAUUGCAUUUGAUCACUUAAAAGAAGGUAUAAGUACUAACUAUCUUAUUCGAAAUAAGAAUUAAAAAAAUUUUCACAUAUCCCAUUUUUUCCAAAUAUUGUCUUAAUGUACAAAUUUGUAGUUAAUAGUUCUUAUUGUGAUCACGUCAAAUAUUGGAUUUUUUGAGGAACUAUUAUCAAUCUAAACUAAGCAAUUAAACUUAAGAGUUUCAAGUUACUGUAUGUUACUGCUUUAUUAACAUGAAACUAUCGAAUGUUACGAACCAAUUUUAUGUAAUUUAAGGUCGAUACAACAUACAACGAUUCAAUUCAGGUACUACUAAUAGUCAUUAAUGUAUUGUUAUACCAUCAUAUAUUUUAGUUCUUGCAGAUAUGCCAGUUGGUGAGCUAAAUAUUGUAAUUUUUUUCCAUUGUUCCUUUAUCAAAGCUAAUUCUAUCACGUAUUUGAUUUUUUUUAAUUAGAAACAAGUGACAUAUUUUUCUGUUUAUUUUAAUCGAUCUCCAGAAAAUUUAUGAUCAAUGAAAACAGUAUACUAUUAUAGACAGUUUAUAGAAAACGAAAAUGUUUCACAAAAUUUGUAAACUAGCUCCAUAUAUAACAAUUUUUUUGUCUGGUAUAGAUAGAUGACUUCUUUUCAUUAAGAUAAUCUCAAAACUUAUAAUAAUUCACAAGUAAUAUUGAUUAGAUUGUAUCAAAUUAACAAAUUAUAUAAGUAUAUUUUAGUAUCCAAAUGGUUUUUUUGUUUGAAAAUGUUAAUUUUGUCUGUGAUCUAUAUUCUGCGGUUUUUUGAUUGACAAAUUUUUCUAAACUUGAUCAUACAAAGACAUUAUUUUAUAGCCUAUUCCAUACAGAUAAUGACCUAUAUAGUCCUACGUUGAAUGAUUAUAGAGAGCAUCUGAACUUUUAUGUAAUGCAAUGAAAAUAUACGAAGCAAGACAUGGGUAACUAUCAAACAUAUUAUGUAGCAAAAAAACAAGAGCACACUACAUGAAUACCAUACAUAUAACACUUAAUUGAUUAUAACAAAGCAAUGAAUAAACAUUGAAUUUUAAAUAUAUAGUUUCACACACAUUACUUUUCAAGAACUAAUGAAGAUUUGAUAUAUAAAAUUCUUAUUUUGGAAUCAAUCGCACUUUAAUAGUUUUGAAAAUAAAAUUAGAAACAAGAGAUCUACAUCCUCUUUUAUUCCUGUACAUAAAUACACCUUUUUUUUGCCUUUUCCUCUUUGGACAAAUAUUUUACAUAUCCCCAAUAUCAGCUAAGCCAAUCAGUCCGACCGAAAUUUUCUCACGCAUCAGCUCUGACAGUAGUGGUAGAAUUGGUACAAUAAAAUACUGGUUUCUCUAUUAUUAAUAUACAGCCUUUUAUCUUACCUGGUCACUUCACAUUGACAAUUUUACCUACUAGAAAUUCAUAAUGUCUUAUAUAUUACUCGUUAGUCCGUCUGGGAACUAGGUUGAAUGCAGGGCGAUGUUUUGUUUACACUAGUACUUUGAGAGUAACCAAAAUUGACAUGUCAAGGUGGCUUCUCGGUAGUGAACAGUGUUAGAUCAAGAUGAUAUUUUGUUGCGAGACUACAGCUGUCAUAAAUUUUAUUUUUGCGUUCUCAUGAUACACACUUUGUGCAAAAAUUUUAUAGUAAUGUUAAUGAGAGAUCGAAAUCUUUAAUGCGUUACUCGUUAAGCUGUCUAAGAACUGGGUUAAUGAAGAGUAAAGUACCUUUCACACCAGAAUUUUUAAAUUUGAUUAAUUACAAGAUUAACGAUUUCUAUCCCAUGGCUAUAACUUCGUUUAAUAAAGAAGUGAGUUGAAAUUUCUGGUAUCCCUGGCGAUAAUCAUACUGAUGACACUAUGUUCUAUAACUGCACUAAAAAUCAUAAUUACUAUGUCUCAUAGACUUAAUAGUGAAACUUCUUUUGUAAAAAAGAGGUAUAUUUUCAUAUUUUCCCAAGUAUAUACAUGAACUUUUUUUAUACCCUUUCUUAAUAAAAGUUUUCUAAUGAAGGUAGUUAUAGGUUAGGAGUCUUUGGGCGAUUGGAACCAACUGAAAUAUUGUGCUGCUAUUUUUAUCUUUGCAGCUUAUUAAACAUCAAUUAAAAUAAAAUAGUUAAUGAAAACUUUGAUGUUAUUUGGUUAUGACAAACUAUAUAUUGAAGCAAUGUUAACAUUUUCAUACAUUCCAAUGAGCUAUUCACUUCUUGGGCGAGUUAUUGGGCAAGUUCUUAAUUUUAUUUCAUAAUCUACAAUAAAUACUAUUAUUUUAUCAGCCUUUAACUGAAAUUUUCCCAUGCCUUAAUUUUUAAGAGCUAUUGCAUAAAUAGUACUCAUUAACGCGUUUUCACCUGGCAUAUGCGUAAAAAAUAUUGUUUUAUAUAGUAUAAGGCUCAUUGCUUUACAAUGAUUUUUUUUCUUGUACCAACAACGUUGACAAGAAUAUUGUAAAAAUAUAAACGUUUAAUGAUAUAGUUUUUGUGAAGGUAUUACACAUAAUUAAAUCCUUCAAUAAUACAUUUACAAUAGAUAUUUGAAAUUUUUCUGUUUUUAGAUAAAACUGAAAAGAUAUUUAUUUUAAAAUUUCAUUUAUAUUCAUAAUUCAAUCCUUCCUUUAGAUAGGUGUCGUUCACAAGCGAUAUUAAAGUGGUUCCUUUUACAACAUCUAACUUAACAUUUAUGUGGGCAAUCAUUUAUUCGGCAUGUGCCUUUACAUCUUUAACAAGUGAAUCCGAUUCACAUAAUUCAAGAGCAAUAUUUUAAAAUAGUAUAUAUGGGUAUUUUAAAUGUGUACAUAAUUUUAUAUAUUUGACAAUAAGUGGUUGCUUUUGAGAAUGUGACUGAAAUUAAUAAUUGGCAUACUGUUACAGUACUGAACACACUGUUUACACUACACCAACACUCACAAUUCCACUGUAUGUCGCGCGUUUCGAUAACCAAGUUAUCGUCUUCAGAGAAUGAAGGUAAACUCACUCUACCUUCUACCUCAAUUUACCUUCAGUCUUUGAAGAAGAUAACUUGGUUAACGAAACGCGCGUCAGUGAGUUUUGGUGUAGUGAUAAUGUAAACACUGUGUUCAGUAUAAAUAGCAAAAACGGUUCCAAAAAUUCCAAUUUAUUAAUACUAAUUACAGUAUUACAAUUACAAGAUCAAUGUAACUUUCCAUACCGAGAUAAAAGUAUCUUUACUUAGAGAAAAUAUUGAUAUUAACUCAAUUAUUUCAUACAAUGCAUGGAAUUAAGCUAGUGAAUUUAGGAGGAGUGAGGAAAAUAAGGCAGUAGCAAAGUAUUGGAACUAUCAGCUUUUGCAUCCUUCGCAGUAACUUGUUGAAUCUUUAAUUCAAUAUUUGAUAGCAUUCUUCCAAACCACUAGCUUAACUAAAGAUAAUCCAAAUAUGCAAAUGUUUGUAGACAAUUAUUCUUUUGAUACAUUUCUAUUUUGGUGCUUUUAAUCAACCAUUUCUAUGUUGAUUAGUAUCUUUCGACAGUUUAUUACAAUGCACCAUGUCUUUUUCAUCAUUUUACAUGUUAUUUCUUACUAUAGUUAAUGUACUGUUAAUAGAUUUGUAUGUGUCUGUAUUUUCUAUGUCAUAGAGGAAGGAGGUUUGGAUUGUGUAUAUUGAUGACUAAUAUUUUUUUCGGAAGCUCAUAAUUGCCAUUAUAUUCAGCUUAACGUUUAUUUAGAUUACGUUCAGCCCAUUGAAUUGAUCGUGCGAAGUCGAUUGUCGACCUACCUUAACUUGCUUCCAUAACUGUUUUCUUUUACUUCCUAUAAGAGUAAAACAAUAGAUAUAUUGAAUUUAGAUAAUGAAAAUUCCUCAAUCCUUCAGUCAUUAUCACUACAGUUAACUUGAUCCUUAAAAAGUAAACAGGCAUAUUAAAACGAGAAUAAUCUCAGUGACAAUAAUCCAGCUUGAUAUCAAAAUCUCGAACAUUCAGACUCUGGUGUAAGACCAACCCUUGUGGCGUAUUAAAGAAUGUGAAUAACUUCUACAACUAACUAAAAAUUUCAAUUCAAGGAGUAAUUUUUGACAUAUAUGUGAAAGUCAUAGCUCACUUGUUUUGAACAGUCAUAUUUUAUAUCGUAAUAUAAAUGUUUUGUUUUAAAGAGUGGCUGCUCGUCGUGCUAAAUAAAUUGACGUGUAUAAUACGAAAGUUAACGUUUUUUUAAUGUUUUGGAGAAAAUGGCGUCGACAUUUCUAAAUCGAAGACAUGAUUAGUGCCUGUAAUUUGGCAUAGAGUUCUACAGUGUGGAGAUAGUUUAAAUGUGUGAUUUUCGUUUGCAAGUACUACUGCUGCUCCUAGUCCCUUAGGUUUUGUGGAUACGUCCGUGUACAUAAAAUGAUUUUGUUUAAAGCUUACUCCCGUAAAAGUACAGAAUGAUUGUGCUAUUAAAAAUUGGGUGUUUCUUCUUUUUUAAGCGGGCUCAUGUUUACGUUAAUGCUUGGAAGGGAAGGAAUGAAAUGGAAGAGUUUGUUUGUUUCCAAAUGAGUGUUUAAAGCAUCUGUAUUAAUGUUGCGAUUAACAGGAUUAUUUUUCCGGUGAGACAGUGAAGACUUUCAUUAUGUGUUGUUCGAAAUGCGGCAGUAGCGAUUCUUAGUGCAGUGUUUUGCAAUAUGUCUAAUUGUUUAAGAUAUGUUUUCUCACAUGAUGCGUCAACAAUGAUCAUAAUCGACUGGCAAUUGUUUUUAAUAGAUUUAGACCAUUUUUGUAGACUUUCUUGAGGUAAUUGAUAUGUUUCCAAGUUUCACUGAAAGUUAUGCCCAGAAAUUUAAUACUUUCCACAAAUUAUAAAUUUUGACCGUUUAAGAUUAGUACGGGUCUUAUUGUAUUAGGUCAUAUUUUUACCUUCUGUAAAUAGAACUAAAUCAUCGGCAUACAAUUUUCUUUUAACCGAUGAAGAGAAUUUAUCGACGAUAUCGGAGGGUAGAGCUUAUUGUAGAUCCUUGUGGAAUCUUUAAAAGGUUAUUUCUUGAUGCAGAUCUAGAAUAAUAAUUUUGAAAUUUGUUAUCACAAAAAUAUAUAAUUUCUAUUGUUACAUGUAACACUAUCACAUUUUUAAUAUAAAAUAUGCAUUUAAAGUUUUUAUGAUAUGUUACAUAUUUUCUCCACAUGUUGUGGUACAUAUUGCUUUUUUAUUAUUUACAUUUGCACCUAAGGAUAAUGUAAUAUUUACUAAUUUUGCUCUAUGGAUGAAUAAAAUUAUUAACUUAAUCUACAUAAAUAUAUACUAUCAAUAUCUCUAAAAUUUUAAUUCUAAACUGAAAAUAAUGUGAAUAGAAAAAUCUUUCAAGUCCAAUUUUGCAAUACUGUAUAAAACAAUAUUGUACACUACAAAAACCUUGUUUAAAUUGUAAAGUGUUGAGUUUUAGCAUAUAUUCAUUAUUGAAAAUGGUUCGCAAUAUUUAAGUGAUCAUAAUUAGGUAUCAUUUUUUUCUGAAUUGGUGAUGUCAUUCAGUAUUCCUAGUAAUAUAGCUACUUAUGUCUUUUAGGUUGUCAAUAGUUGCUAAAUUUUACCUGUCAACAAAAAUGAUUGGCAUAAUGUUUUUAUUAAAAAAUAAUGCAUUUGCACUGUAAAUCAAACAUAUUUUUACAUAAUUCUAGUUAGCGUCAACUUAUCUGGUUUUAUGUGCAUAAUCAUUAUAGAGAUGGUACCAUAAUAACAGAAAUAUGAUUGGGUUGGCGACAAAGUAAUUUCGGUUUUGUAAUAUAGAAUAAAACACUUUUUUUAACAAAGGAUAGUUUUUUAUCAAUUAUAUAUUUUCCAUUUUACUCAAUGACCUUUUGCUAACUAUCUUUCAGCUUAAUGAUACCGCGCUCAUAAAAUUUCUGGUUCUUAUCAGCAAAAAACUGAAUCGGGUGCGAUUGAAGGUCAUCGUCAUUUGUGAAAGUUUGGCCAUAUUGGCUGUAUGGGGGAUGAGGCAUCACUUCCCAGUCAAUAGUUUCCUACAAGUUGCCAAAGAUGUGUGAGUCCUUGCAUAAGCAUGGGCCGCUUUUUUUUUAUUGCUUCAUCCAAUUUCAUUAAUUGUUGACAGUAAACAUCAGAAUUGAUCGUUUGGUUCUUUGGAAGAGGCUAAAAAACACAACACCUUUGUAAUCCCACCAAACUGACAGCAUGAGCUUUUUUUUGUUUUUUUGCCUCCUUCGAUGUGGUUUUUGCUGGUUCAUCAUAUUUGCUUCAUGAUUGUUUUCAAACUAUGUUACUGUACAGGACCCAUUUUUCGUCACCAGUGAUGAAGGGUAGGUGUCAUGUCGUUUAAGGUGCUUAUCGCAAAAGUUAAUUCUUUGUAUUAAAUGACUUUCUUUCAAUUCGUGAGGUACCCAAAUAUCAAGCUUCUAAACUAACUCAAGACAUUUUGAGUGUUUUGCAAUUGUUUUGUGUAGCUUCAUCACAACCUCUCGAAUAGUUAUAUGGCGAUACUCUUCAGUUAUGACUUUGAUUUGGUCAUCAUCAACUUCAGUAGGCCGAUCAGAUCGUUGCACAUCUUUAAGGGAGAAAUUUCCAGAACGGAAUUUUUUAUACCAAUUCUGACACAUGCGCUCUGUUAAACAAUCAGCGGCUUUACUACAAAUUUUGGGUUCCUGUGCAGAGAUCCUCUCGGGUCCCCUCUGUAAGUGACAAAAUAUAAUCAAAUUAUUGCUUUAAAAAUACCAAAAGAUUCUUCUAAGAACAAUUAUUAAAAUAAAACAAUAAAUUUAUUACGUUUUAAAUCUCUUUAUGAACUUAAAUUGCAAACAAAUAGGAACAAAUAAUAUCACUUUCUGAAAAAAUGGUAAAAAUAUAUAAACUAAAAAAGUCUCCUAGCCUUUGAGUUCGCAAAACUCUUUAUGAUGUCCUUUAAAUCUAGUGAAGAUGCAAGUUUGUGUUCAAUAGCAAUCAGGUUGCAAAGUCCUUCUUCACCUGUAUUUGCCCUUAAAUAAUUUUUUAUAAUCUUCAACUUACUAAAGUUCUUUCAACAUUAGCCACCGUUACUGAUAAGGUAAAAAAGAGACGAAAUUCCGUAUAGAUUUCUGCAAAAUCGCUUUCCAUUAACAUUUGGAAUAGGCUGCUAACCGACAUAUUUUUCGUAAUUUCGAACUCAAUCAAGUUUGCCAUUUGAAUAAACUGGUUUGUAAAACAAACAGAGAUAAUCUGCGACAUUUUCCUUCAUAGGAAGAAUCCAACAAAAACUUUGGCUCUAAAAAGUUAAAAUUAUUUUUUAAUGUACCAUUGAAGAAAAUUUGUUUGUUGAAUUAUGUAGUCAAUUACAAAAUUAAAUACGUUGAAAUUAAACGCUCUUUUCCUAUUUUCGAAGCGGUGGUCACGUGCUAAUCGUCAAAAGUGUUUUUUAAUUGCUGGUUGUCGCUUUGUUUGGAAAUUUGGAUUUACAUUACAUUUUUUGGAAAGAUCGACAGUUUCUUUUUGGUCAUAAGAAUUCCGAAAGAUAAUCAUUGUGACAUUUACUUGUUCCAAAGCUUUACUUGCUUUAUUUAAACAACGUUUUGUUUUUGCAAAAUUUUAGAAGUCUUAGCCAUAUUAAUUCGAUUAAGAAUUUUAAACAUAAAAACCGUAGUGAAAACAAAUUCAAAUGUAGCCAUUUUAUUCUUUAGACUAGCGGCUUCUCUUUCUUCCUUUUUUGGGGAUUUAAGCUGAGUAGAUAUCUGUUAAACAUUUUAAGAUAUCCAAAAACCGAAGCUUUACUGCUAGGACAGAAUGAGCUCAUCCAGACCACCUAGUGGAAUUUAAGGUCUUUAAAGUUAUUUCAGAGUCGCCACAGUAUGAGGAAAGAAUAUCCCAUCUUUUAAUACUAAACGCAAAAAAAUUGUAUAUAUUUUGAAGUAUUGCAAAAAAGUGUUUAUUUCUUUGCAAUUUGAACCGUCAUCGUUAAUUACCAGAUUGAGGUUGUGACUAGCGCAGUGCACAUAAUCUGCGUUGGGUUGUAUGAGCUUGACAAAGGCUUGGACCUCAUUGUAUACGCCACUCAUAACGCCGGCACCACCAUACCCUUAACAAUAACAUUUUUCUAUAGGAAUAUUUAGACCCUUUAGAUGAUUAACAACAAAGUCCGUCAUCUCUUUUGCCAACUGCUGUUGCCCUAACUCAAAAAAUUCCAGAAAAUGUUCUUUUAUUUCAGAAUUCAUUGCCUGUUUAUUUUCAUUUCUUAACAUUUACAGUUCUUAUCACUAUGCUAAAUUGAUCAUUUUUUGAGAUAUUCUGUGUGUUAUCCAAAACAAGUGCAAAGAAAGGUGCCGAAUUGAUUCGGGAAACAAUUUUCUGCGUAGUUGCACUGGAUAAAGACUGUAUAAGUUCAUAUUGGACUUAAAUAUUUUGUAUUUCCUUUGGGUAUUUUUAUGACUUUCAUCAUAACAUGAAACCAACUUAACAAAUGAAAGAAAAUUGUCAUUACAGCCUUCAGAAUCGAAAACGUUUUGGCUAUUGGCUUAGCUAUUACUGUGUGAAGUAAUUGGGAAAGAUAGAUUUUUCCAGUCUCUUAAGCGUGUUCGUCAUUUAUUAUCGUCUGCGGAAAACAACCAGCAAGAUAAGCAGUAUACAGCGUCUAGAAAUUUUGAAUAGCAAAGCCAUACCCUUGGACCAGACCAUAUUUGGUAUAUGAGGUGUAGUAUGCUUCACUGAAUGAUCUAUUUUUUUGCUUUGGGUCUUUUGGAAACGGUCCUUUAGGCGGCAAACUUUUAUUACUUUUUUAAUAUCAUCGGUUAUCACUUUAUCUUUUUCGUAGUCCCCAAUAUCCGUUGAAACAUUAUCUGUUAUUUCCACAUUGUCUUGUUUAAAACUAUUGUCAAAGUCGUUAAUAUUAGUCUUUGGUUGGCUUGAAGUAGAAAAUCCCUCAUUUAUUAAAGAAUCAUUCUGUACAUUGGUGCACAUUCGUUUGGACAGAAGCAGAUACGUUUUCAACUUGUAAAAACGAGUUAUUUUCACUUUUUUGUAGUGACUUAGAAUUGGAAAAGAAUAUAUAUAGUUUGGUUAACUUCAUAUUUUUUUCUUCUUUUCUGCCUUUUCAGUUUUCGUUUUUCUGCUCCGCAAAAAAAAUAAAAAAUUUAUCAUAUACACUGACAGCUUCACUUAUUUUAUUUUUAUAUGACUACGAGUAAAUAGUAAAUAUUUUCAAAAAUUUGAAUUUCGUCCCUAAACUUUGACUAAUUUCGACUAUAUUAUUUUUAAAACUUUUUAGGAACGAGAUUCCUUCCAUUAUAAAACAAUAAACAAUUAAAAAUAAAUUGGAACUUGGUUACACUAUACUAAGUCAAACCAUCACUAAAAGUAAAAUAAUAAACAAUUAAAUAUACACAGGCUUUUUUUACUAACCUGUUUUAGUCUACGAAAUAUGAAGCAAUGAGAAUUCAUAGAACAGACUCAAUUUGCUAGGGAAUAGCACUGAAAUGCAGAUUCCGCUUGUAUGUUUAUGGUUUAAUGGUAAUUCUAGAUGCAGAUUGGUUUUCCCAUAUUUUUCGGUUCUAUUUUACAGCAAUACACGCGUUGUUGCCGAUGCUGCAGUGUCCCGCGGUUGCCUAAAUUUGGUUUGAAAUACAGUGGCGACAAUAAGUACAGUCUACUAUAAUGGAAAUUCUAAAAUCGCCAUUAUGGGGCCUCGCCCUAUUCUUGUCUGUUAAACGUGGUAGGCAAAGAUGGUACUGUCAACCUCAGUAAUUUUAAAUUUUCUGCUCAUCAAUAAGUCCAAAUGGACCAAUCAAAGGUCGAGCUCUUGAAUGGCGGACCGACCAAUCAAAAGGUUGACCAACUAUUGUCAUACCAUCUUUAAUAUACAGUUUGAAAGUAUAGGAGGCCCCUUUGGUGGAUCCUUAAGGGCCACUGAGCACCAUAAACUUUACAUAUUUCUUUGUGAGCCGCAGCAGUGAAUAUGUUCGUUUCUGCACUCCAUUUAAAAUUAACCCACAUCUAAUAUCACACACUAUUUGCUUCUAAAGUUACGUCAAUGUGACCAGUAUCACGUGUCAAACGGCAAAGUCCAGCACUAACAUAAAUUACUCAAAAAAUAAAGCAAGGCUCUUUAUCAGUAAAAACCGAAAGUACUUGGUUGCCAAACUUAUAUUUAUAUUUAGGUACAGUGUAAAUUAAUUUUUCCAACAUAUUUGAAAUAGAGUUUAGUUAUGACUAAAUUUUUAAGUAAAAUUAAUUCAAUAGGACAGUAAAAUAAUAAUUCCAAAUCCAAGCUGACAAAUCUGACAAUUCAAGGUAAUGUAAAUUAACGUUAGGAUUACGAAACGGUUGAGUAGAAAAGUGGCUUCAUUGAUUUAGAAAAACUUGGUUCAUUUAAUCUGUCUUUGUUACAGUAAUAUUUUGAAAUCUCUUGACGUUUUUAAAACUAUUUGUUUGGGCUAAAUAUAGACAUAUGCAUUGUGAUAAAAGUCACCAGAACGGGCGGAUGUAAUUUGGGCGCUAAAGGAUUAAUGUACUUUUUACAACAUAUAAACUAGUCGCCAAGACCGAAGGGUCAUUUUAAUCCUAUGAGUAUUUUGGGCGCUAACCGACUGAAGUACAUGAUUUAUGAAAUACAGUUAUUUAUUAAAUCACCGACAUUUAUAAUAAGAUAUAUUUUUGUAUUUUUAGAUUUUCCUAUAAGAGAAAUGACCUGUUAUCACUUAAGGUCUGAAAAAAUUUACCGUUAGAGGGGGCUACUUUGCACUUUUUUUAAAUGAAAAAUCUGCCCUUAAUAAAGUUUCCUCACAACAUUUUUGUAACACUCUACAGAAUAAAGUAAAUUUUAUAUUUCUUUAUAUCUACCCUUCUUGGUCAGACAGGUAUGGAAGGAUGGUUAGCGCCCAAAUUACAUCCGCCGACCAGAACAUUUGUUGAAGUAGUUAUAGUAUUUAUCUGAAAAGUUUACAGGGCUCAAGUGAACUUUGCAGAAUAUGGUGUAUUAGUAUUCCUUUAUUGAAGGUAUCAAGAAAUUUUUUGUUUUUAAAAUGCCUCCAAAUUAUAUGUUAAUUCUGAUGACCUUUAUCUACUUAUAUCUGGUUAGGAGUUUUUCUAGAAGUAAACAUAAAUUCCCAUAUUAUUUUCAACGCAAUACCUUCUAAAUAUAUAUCAUAUAUCUUAUAUGUCCAUAGAAAAUUAAUUACUUAUGAAUUAUUAUUAUGAAAACUUUGCUUAUCCUUAACCAAAUAUAAGUAAAACAUUUGUAAAAAAGAUGCAUAUGACUUGUUACAUGUUUUUCCAGUUUAUUCAUUUACAUUUAAGCUCACUUUUAUUCUUUAUCAUCCAUAUGUAAAUUCUAUUUGUGAUAGAUUUAUUCAUUGUAAGAAGAAAAUGUAUGUUUCUUAAAAAUAUGACGUUUGUAUCUAAGAUAUUACAUAUAUACAUACAAUCCUC